AUGCCGAGACUUUUCCUCGCUGCCCCCCUCCUCUUCCUCAGCGAAGGAAGCAGCGGUGCUGACGGAGCUGCCGAAACCCCACCGGUGGGAGUGAUGGGAAGGAGACCUCAGCAGCCCCCAGCCGCCAGCUGGAGCUUUCUCCGGAGGAAGCGAGACGAGGAGCCAGCCUCAUACCUGAAGUGGGUGGCUUUUGAAGGCAAGCUGCCUGCCGAUGCUGUCUCCAACUGGAAUGGCUACGCCAAGAGGAUGGAGUACGUCUGCUCAACGCGGAUGUUCGGCUGCAACGCCGGUGCCUACGUCCCCAUCCGAGGUCCCUUCUGCUUCUUCCCGUUUGGAGAACGGGAGUGGAAGGCCAACGACUUCAAGGUGUUGGUCAACGUGGGAGGCUUUGAGGCGCUGGAUUGGAUGGACGGCUCCUUUGGCAGCGUACCCAAAAAUGCCGUGGAGGUCUGUCCGUCCACUGAUGUCUUCGUUGGGAGGAAUGACUACGGCUUGGGCAAGGUCUCCAAAGACCAGAGGGCUGCCUUCAUUGUGGUGGAUAGUGAGGAAGUUUGGUACAAGUGGUACCAAGUCUUGGUGGUGAAGAAGGGCCUGGCGGAUGUCACCAUCUCCGACGUCUGCUACAACAUGAGCGGGGCAGCGGAGCGCGGAGAGGACGUCACCCUGACGAAGACCACGGUGAGGAACGAGGGCUGCCAAGGCGUGCGGAAAGCUGUCACCUUGGAGGAGACCACUGAGGUGGAGCAUGACUGGGGGAUAGACCAGAGGGUCUUCGCCACCAUCCAUGGGGUGUUGCAAGCCGCCCUCUUGGUCUUCAAUGGGACGGGCUGGGAGGUCACCAAC